AUGACUUCGUCUGCUUUCGAACUCACGGCCAUUCGGUGUGAUGCUUUCGAAGUUGAUACGGAUGGUGCCCAACACACUGGUCAUCGUACCAUCAGUCGUGAGGAUUCGGAAACCGAAGAUGAUUCGAUCGCUUGUAUGAGGAUGCGGACCUUGCCCGGAGGGAUCUCCUUUGGAGCUCUGGAGGCUCCCAGCAGGCAGAUCUCUGGCUCAUGUGACGAUUCCCCUGAUGAGCAGUCAGAGGUCACAGAUAAUUUUCCUGAAGGUCUUCAUUCUACUAGGAACGACUCGGCGUAG